GCGUUCUUUCAUUCUGUGGAUGAAUGUACAGGGGGAGGUCGAUCUCGUCAACAACAGGGUAACGCAAAAGGACAAGGGGGCAGAGAGGAAUCAGCCCAGGCGGGCUCAUCCAGACAAAUGUACCAGGGGCCACUCAGUAGGGCAGGUGCUGGCGGCCAACCAGCGGUCUCAUCCGUCGGAGGAACAGGCAACCCCGCACCGGAGAUGAUCUUCCCAAACAUUUACCAGAAUCCGGCCUUCAUGGCGCCUCCACCAGUCGUUCAACCCAACGGGUUUUUGACCCAGCUUCUCCAAGAAAUAGCGCUUGUACAACAAAGCAACGCAGCGCCUGUAGGACAACCAUCCGGGGUCUUCUCACAGAUGGCUCACCCAAGUUAAGCAGGAGGGUUUCAACCCUAUCAAGGGUUGCAAAACAUGUUCCGUCCUACCUGUCUUUUCCCAGGAGGUGGACAAGCGGGGCAGCAAGCAGGCAUUGGAGGAGGUCCGAGCAACAGUCAGACGCCCCCAGGCGGUGGCCGUCUAGGCUCGUCUUCACUCUGCGGAAGAUUCCCCGGAAGUACUCCAGGGAAGCACAAAAGAGUUGACAGCGAGGGGCACGAAGUACUCAGGGAGGAUUUGGUCUCCUCUACUCCAAGGUCGGAUAACUCCGGAGAUCAAGAGAUGGUAAUCGGCACACCUGGCAUGAAAACUACCAGAAGCCGCACGCCCACUUUGAGCCGUGGACAACUCGAGAAUGUCGAGAACAGAGUACUGCUGAUUAUGUGCUAUGCAGCCAAAGGUACAUUCUCGGUCAUCGCAUGGAGUACAAGUGAUGGAGCUGCAAAACUGUUUAGUACAACAUCUCCCGAGCAGCCGAUGCCAACUGCGGUGACCAAUAUCAUUCAGGCGGCGGUGAGGGGAAAAUUCAUGGUCCGCUUAAUUCCGGAGGAACCGAUGGGCAGAUUCAUCUUGGACUUAGCGGACGGAAAGAAAUUGAAGUUUUUCGUUCCAAUCUUCGACGCAAGUAUGGAGAUGGCUCAGCAGACCAAACUGGAACAUGAGGGGAUGCGGCUUCUUCCACUCAGCUGGUUUGCGGAGGGAAGAAGACAAGAACUCCACAGAGUUAGAGUUCCUCCAUUUCGCACAGGAGAAUUUUUGGCGGAUGUGAACGACAAACUAGCGAGAGACAAGAAAUUCAACUUCAAGUUCAUCAGAGACUUCCUAUCUGCGCCAUGGGAUCAGCAAGCAUCAUCAACGGGAGCAGCCGUCUCAAUCCAAUCCGGAAACGGGAGACAGAGUAUGAAUGGGUAAGCUCCGACUGUCCACCUGGAAUCUGCGGGGUAUUGUCGACGCUUCAGGUAAGUUCAAGAAAGCGAGGUUGAAGUCCUGGAUUCACGAUAAAGGAAUCCACGUGGC